CACCUGCUGGCGAGGCUUGCCCCGGCGCCGGGCCAGCUCCGUACCAGUGCGUGCCGCACCGGGGAGCUGCUGAUGGUGCUGGCGGGCUGCCUCUUCGCGAUGCUCGGGGUGCUAGCGAAGCACGGCGCUGUCCAGGGUGCGCGGGCGAGCGAGGAGGCGGACGAGUUCAUUCUGGGGACGGUCGCCUGCGUCACCUCCUGCCUAUCCGGCGCGCUGAACCUGGUGCUCGUGGGCGCCAUGCAGAACAGGCUGGGCAUCGGCCAGCUGGACAUCGUCCUCUACACAGCGCUGCCCGCCGCGGCGCUGCUGGCCCUGCCCGCGUCGCUGCCGCACCUGACCUGCUGGCGGGGGGGCACCGCCCUGACCGACUGGCAGGUCCUGCGGGAGGUGGCCCGGCGGCGGCCGGCGGCGCUGUGGCUGCCUGUGGGCUCUGGCCCGCUGGCUCUGCUGUUCAACCUGCUGAAGUUCAGCGUCGUGCAGCGUCUGUCGCCCACGCACGCCGCCCUCGCCGGGAACUGCAACAAGUCCGCGGCC